CCGUCGAGUAUAUCUACAAAGCUCCAACGUUAUGGUUCAUGGCCACUGAUUUAGCUCCAACUAGGAUAAGAGAGAUAAUUAAGAUAAGACUAUAAUUACAAGAAACAAAAUAAAAUUAUGGCUAUAAAAGAGAGACCCAUUGCCCAUCCUCUUUCAGGCCUACCGGAUUCAGUCUUGAGAUGGCUGAGAAGGAGAAGGAGAAGAAGGAGGAGAAGAAAGGCCCAAAGGUGGUCACGGUUAUCAUAAAGGUUGAUCUUGGAUGCCGAUGCUGCGCCAAGAAGAUAAAGAGCACUCUGUGCAAGCUCCAGAAGCGAUUCAAGAUCAGUUCCAUCGGGUUCGAUGAGGAGAAGAACACUGUGACGGUCUCCGGCCCCUUCGACCCCAACGCCUUCAUAAAGCAGCUCUGCUGCAUGGCCUACAAGGUGAUCAAAGACGUCUCUAUCAAACCGGACCCACCGCCCAAGCCGCCUCCUGUGCUGCCGCCUCCUGCGCCGCCGCCAGCACCAUGCCCGCCGCUGUGUCUGCCUCUGUGCCUGCCGCCGUGUCCGCCGUCCAAGCGCUGCUGUAACUGCCAGUGUCGGCCGCCGUGUCCGCCGACCAAGCCCUGCUGUAACUGCCAGUGUCGGCCGCCGUGUCCGCCGACCAAGCCCUGCUGUAACUGCCAGUGUCCGCCGAUCAAGCCGUGUCCGCCUCCGUGUCCGCCGACCAAGCCCUGCUGUAACUGCCAGUGUCCUCCGACCAAGCCGUGUCUGCAGCCGUGUCCGCCGACCAAGCCCUGCUCUGACUGCCAGUGUCCGCCGCCGUGUCCGCCGAUUAGGCCGCCAGAGUGGCCGCCGAUUUGGCCGCCAACGUGGCCGCCACACAUAUGUAAUACCGACUGUCCAUGCUUCAAAAUCGUGUGCGAGUCCGAGCCUGCCCCCGUCUGCUCCAUCAUGUAGUUCAAUUCUCUUAUAACUUCGCGCAUAAAUAAUUCACUGAGCAGAUCUUGAGGUUGAGGAACGUCAACCUCGGAACGCAAUAAUGUACGCAAACUUAAUUUACCUUCAAUCGAGUUGCUUGUCUAUCUAGAAAUAUACAGUCUACUUCUCUUUA